CACGGUGGUCGCUCGUUUGUAGUGCCCUUCCUCUAGACUCUCUAUGAGUCGUUCUGGUGGCCUGUUUACUGGCAAUGUGCCGCUCAUGAACAGCGCCAGCAACAGCCAUGAUCGUUGUUACGGACACAAAUCGUUCCCCGAUCAUCGGAAUCCUCGCAUGGCUUUUCAUGGUGAUCGCCGUGCUCUCCGGAGGUGUACGGCUCUUGAUCAAGUAUGUUAUCGUCCGGAGACUGACGACGGACGAUUACCUGAUAUCGAUGUCUCUUAUAUUCGGAGUACUACAGACAGCAUGUGUUGCUCUUGCGGCACGCAAUGGUUACGGUCAAGAGCAAAAAGCUUCCUCACAAAAUCAGCUUGCAGUGGCCUUGAAGGCCAUUUACGCUGCCGAAUUACUUUACAUCCCAUGUAUUACCUUUGCCAAGCUCAGCUCACUGACAUUCAUGACAUUUUUAAUGCAGCGCACUCGCAAAGUCGAAUGGGGUCUCAUCGUCUUGAUUGCAAUAUGGGCAGUGACUGCAGAGUUUGCCGUCGCUUUCCAAUGCGGUCUCACCAAACCGUGGAAUUGGCUCACUCAGGCAUGCUUUGACAGGGACGCAUGGUGGCACUAUUUUGGGAUAACCAACAUUCUGACGGAAUGCGCUCUGAUGAUAUUACCCAUCCUCGUUGUUUUCAAGAUUCAAAUGAGACGCACGAAGAAAGCCGUGGUGAUUGGGUGUUUCUCCACUCGCGCCUUAGUGGUGACCGCAAUUGUGCUAGAGCUUGUGUAUCGAGGCAAAAUCGACGCAACCCAAAAUGAGCCUCUACUUGUCAUUUGGAAGGUGGCCAUCUGCGUUCAGUUGGUACAAUGUCUAGCCAUCGUGGUCGCAUCCGUUCCACAUCUGAAACCCUUCAUGGAUGGCUUGCAGUCCACAGGUCUACGACUGUAUCACCUGCCCGGUCAGAAUUCGACGCAUGAACAAUACGAGUCCGGGCCGGGAAGAAAGAAAGGUAACAUCGCACAUGAGCUCAAGGAACUGCAGGGAUCGGCCUAUGAUCCAACAGUGAUUACUGGACACCGACAGCGAGAGUGGGACGAUAGCAUCAGUCAGACCAGCCAGAGCCGAAUCAUUCGACAGACUAUGACGUGGACAGUAGAAGAGCAUUAUGAUCCGAACUCCACCACGGAGUCAAUCAGCAUCGACGGGAAGUCGAAUUCUAGUCGAGAGCGGCGCUAGGUUUAACUUUUUAGUUAGCAGCGCAGCCCACCAUGGCUUCAAGGUUUGACAAGACCUUAGAGAAGCUUAGCAGAAAAGGGGAAUGUGGGGCAAGGCGCGCGUGCGCCAGUCUGACUUAGUUUGAUCCGGUCCUUUUAUAGUGGCAUAGUGGCCUAGUGAACUAGUGCGCCUCGACCCA